UAGCAACAAUGCAAAAGCUAAGAUGACAGGCUAAUGCUACUCCCGUUUGAUAUGAGCCAGCUUCAUUAGCGUCAGUCCUUCGGUCGCUUAAUAUCUUAGAAAUCUCUAUUUUCCAUUAUUGAGGCGGCGUGGAGGCCACAGAGGGACGAAGAGGUCGGCUGAGAUCAUGAUUUCUGCCCUAGCUUGUGGAGCCGUGGUUUUUCCGGGGCUUUUCUACAGCUUCAGGAAAAUACUGAGACACACUUCGACUAAGUGGAGUGACGCCGACGUGGUGUCGGUCAGUGAGAGGCUCGUCUCCGCCAUCCAUGGCUCUCUGGCUACUGCAGCUGGAGUCAGAGUGGUGACCUCCUGCAGCGACGUCAUGACUGACAGUCACUGGCUGACCAACUGGUUCGUUGUGUUCGGAGCGCCCUACAUGGCCUACGACAUCUUCGCCAUGUAUCUGAGCCACUUCCACACUCAGAGGGUCAGAGGUCAUUCCAGCUCGAACAGCGGCCACUCCCCGCGCACAGUCAAGGCUUUCCUCAUGAAGGACUGGAUGUUGGUGGUCCAUCACCUGGUGCUGCUUCUCGUUUUCCUGCCCAUCACUCUGUUCUUCAGAAGAGGACUCGGGGAUUUCUUCAUCGGCUGUCUCUUCACCACAGAGUUCAGCACUCCUUUCGUCUCCACGGGGAAGAUUCUCAUCCAGCUGGGCCUCGAUAACGGCAGGCUGCACAGGAUCAACGGCAUCAUCGUCCUGCUGACCUUCUUCACAUGUCGGAUCCUCGUCUUCCCCUUCAUGUACUGGAUGUACGGCCAGCAGUUUGGGAUCCCUCUGCACAGAGUUGCCUUUCAUCUGCCGCUGCAUUGCAACGUGGGUAACCUGGCGAUCCUGGCUCCGCAGGUCUACUGGCUGAUCCUGCUGCUGAAGAAAGCUAGAAGACUGUACCUGCGACAGAAGAGAGACGGAGGCAAAGACAGGCCGAAGACGACUGACGAGUCGUCUGUUGACCGAAUAGAUUAGCUUUACUCCGACACAAUGAACUAGGACCACUGCUUACUAUUUUCAUAGUAAAGAUCUUUUUUUUUGGGGGGGGGGGG